ACUAAAUAAGUCGCAUUAAUAUUUAUGUCUUGGCUAUAAAACAAGUUCUUCUCGUUAUAACGUUAGUUUCUGAGUUCUUUGAACUCGUUGAUAAGGAAGUACAGGAAAUCUUCGAGAAUACUAUAAAAGUGACCACUCGGAUCAACUGCGGGUUAGAAGCUGUCUACAUCAUGGGACCAAACAGAAGAAUUAUCUCGAUGCUACUGCUGUGCGUGGCACUGGAGUCCAGCCAAGGUCAUGGUUUUGGUGGCCACAAAUUGGGCGGAGGCUUUGGUGUCGGCUAUCCCGUGGCAUAUCCUGUGGCACAGCCAGUUCCAGUUCCGCAGCCAAUUCCAGUGCCUCAGCCCGUGCCCGUUCCAGUCGCAGUGCCACAGCCGGUUCCGGUUCCAUAUCCAGUUGGCAAGCCAUUUAAACACGGUUGGAAAGGCGGAUUCGGAAGCGGUGGAUUUGGUGGACUAGGUGGAUAUGGAUAUGGCGGAUAUGGCGGAUUCGGUGGAUAUGAAAGCUAUUCCUCAUAUAGUGGUGGAUCAUACGGCGGCUUUGGAGGUGGUUUUGGAGGCGGCUUCAUAAGAAGACGUUAG